AUGGAUAUUUUAAUCCCCGUAUACGAUAGGAUUCGAGAGAUCCCACACAAUUUUGAAGGUGAUGCCGCACUUUCCUUCUUAAAUGAAUCCGCUGACGUUCUUGUGUAUUUCUGUGUAUUAUACAUUCUUCUUGUGUUUGUAGUUCCUGAGCAUGUGAUGAAGAAUCGUAAUCCAUUAAAUCUACGUAUACCUUUUAUUCUCUGGAAUCUUUCCCUCUGCAUCUUUUCCAUACUUGGUGCCAUUCCUUCUUUACGUCUGAUGCUCUUUCUCCUUAAAGACCGUGGGUUUUACCAGAGUACAUGUACCUUUGAUUAUAAGGUUACCUACAAUGGAGAGUAUGCCUUCUGGAUUUUUUACUUUAUUCUCUCCAAGAUUCCAGAAAUGAUGGAUACUGUAUUUCUCGUUUUGCAGAAGAAACCGGUGAUCUUUCUGCAUUGGUAUCAUCAUCUCACAGUGGCGAUUUUCUGUUGGCAGGCGGGCCAUGCUCUUUUACCUAGUGGACUUUGGUUUGCCACUAUGAAUUACUGUGUACAUUCUAUUAUGUAUUUCUAUUACUUUGUGUGUGCCUGUGGAUUCCGUAAAGUUAUUCGCCCCAUUGCCCCGUUCAUUACAUCCCUGCAGAUUUUACAAAUGGUGGCUGGUACCUUUAUUGUUGUUUACACCGCCUAUCACAGUUACUUGAGUGGAUAUGGCUGUAAUGCGGAUCGCACAAGUAUUCGUAUGGGUCUUGUGAUGUAUGCUAGUUACUUUGUUCUCUUUGCGGUGCUCUUUUAUAAUCUGUAUCUAAAUAAGAAUAAGAAAGCAGUGACGGCCCGUAAUAACGCUGCGGUGAAGGCGAAUGGUCAAAAGAAGGAUUAG